UGUGUUGGUGUUGCUUUUCAAAGAUUCAGUUUGGAAUGCGGAACGAGUUAAACAAAUUAUUGCGGUUAAUGUCUUGAAAUGGCGCUAGGUGGUGUCGCAAUUUUGCGAAACGCUUAGUGGUGGCGCUAUCCACUACCCCGUUUCAAGCAAUGCUUGUAUGCAUGUCUCCACCGCUAUUAAAAUUCAAACGGCGCGAGUUUUGAAGUGGUUGGUUCGGUCGAGCCGUUACGUGCGGAGAGCCAUGUAGGAAAACGUGUCGGCUUCUGCACCCGUUACGGGACCGCGCGUUUCCGAGGGCCAGCGGGAGACGGUGCUCGCUUUUAUGGAGCCGCAUCUCCAGCUGGCUUUAAGAUCCAGCGAGCUGGGGCCGGGCUUCAGCCUUGUCGACCGACGACGGCUGUGGCAGCAGCUGGCCGACGUGCUGAACGCGCAAGGGUCCGUUGUGAAAACGGUCGACCAGUGGAGGAAGCAGCAGGUCUACGAGGCCCGCCGCGAUGCUACCGCUAUAGCCCAAGAGCAAAUAAGCACUGGAGGGGGUCGCGCACCCGGCUUCCGGGGCCGAGUGCUCCAGCUGACGGGCGCGGUCCGCUUCCGUGGCGUCACCGACCUCCCCUACCAAGAGGUGCUGCGAAGGAUCGAACAAUCCACCACCCGGCUCGCCAUCGCGGCAGAGAGGACGGCAGCGGCUCAGGAGGGCAUACUGGAGAAGGUGCGCUCCCUGGCACUAGUCGUAGCUGGCCACCUGCAACAAGAAAGGAGGAAUUAAUUUAUUGUUUAUUUUCACCUAUUCAAUUUCAUUUUAGUCAUUUAUUGUUUUAUGAGUUCAAUUUAUCUUGUUUAUUUAUUGUUCUUUGAGUUUUAUAUCUUCACUUUCAUUUUAUGCACUUAUUGUUGCUUCAUUUUGAGUUUUACUGUUUAAGUUUCAUUGUUGCCUUGUAUGAGCAAUGCAGGAGGAUUUUUUGGACGAAAGGUGUAAUGCGUGCACCCAUUUUUGUAUCGUAGUAUUUUCCUCUUUCUAUUUAUACUAAUCCAGCUGCAACGCCAGCGUGCUUUCUUUUAUUUACACAUUUCGAAGACACUGGAAUCAUUACAAGUAGUUGUC